AUGGCGUUGGCUUUUGAUAGUUCUGACGGAGAUUACUGGAAGGAAAAAGUAAUAUCUGGCGGAGAUACAGAGAAAGGAGACGUUGACUAUGAUGAUGAACUGGAGUUGAAUCAGUUCGACGGGCUUCCCUACUCGUCUAGGUAUUACAAAUUGCUACGAGAAAGAAAAACUCUCCCGGUUUGGGGUGCCAGAUGCGAUUUCGUGAACACUUUGGUCAGCAGCCAGAUUAUCAUUGUCAGCGGCACUGCAGAAACUGGACGAAGUACUCAGAUCCCACAGUGGUGUGCCGAGUUUUGCCUGUCAGUGCAGUAUCAGAAUGGCAUGGUGGUGUGUACUCAGAUACAUCGACAAAACACUGUGGAGCUGGCCUUACGAGUGGCCGACGAGAUGGAUGUGAACAUAGGCCAUGAGGUGGGAUACAGCAUUCCACUGCAGACCUGCUGCUCCACUGACACUGUGCUGAGGUACUGCACUGAUGAUAUGUUACUUCGUGAGAUGAUGUCAGACCCACUGCUGGAGCAGUACGGUGUUGUGGUGAUUGAUCAGGCCCACGAACGCACAGUCAGCACCGACCUCCUGCUCGGCCUACUCAAAGACAUCCUACUCCAACGCCCCGAGCUCCGAUUGGUCAUCCUCACCGCACCCAGCUCCUCUGAUAGGCUACUGCAUCACUAUAGCGAUGUGCCUCUGCUCCGAUUGGAGGGGCCGCAGCCGUCUGAGGUGGUGUAUGACAGUGGGAAGGAGGGCAUUAAAGAUUACCUCUGCUCCACCCUUCGACUAGUGCUGGGAAUCCACCACACCCAAGAACCUGGUGAUGUUGUUGCAUUUCUGGCGACAGAGCAAGAGAUUGAGUGUGCUUAUGCCAUCCUGCGGAGGGAGGCUGCCUCUCUUGCCUCGUCUUUGGGUGAACUGGUGCCAGUCACUUUGUACCCAGAGAAGAAUGACAGUGUUCCGAUGCCUGCUGAAGAGGAAAACACUUGUAGGAGGGUCUUUCUCACCUGCAGCCCCAGUGAAGACCUGUUCUGGGCUGUCCGCAGUAUUCGCUUCGUCAUAGACGCUGGUGUCCAGAUGAGAUAUGUCUAUAACCCCAGAAUUAGAGCAAACUCCAUUGUCAUUCGCCCAAUAAGUAAGAGCCAAGCAGAGAGCCGCAAGCAGCUGAUUGGCCCAACAGGGAAGUGUUUUUGCCUGUAUCCAGAGGACACACCACUUCCUGCAGAAAGUGUCCCUCAUAUUUUGGAGUCUGACAUCACCUCCACCGUACUCUUCCUCAAGAGGAUGGAGAUCGCUGGCCUUGGUCACUGUGAUUUCGUUGACAGACCAGAUCCAGAGGGUCUAAUGCAGGCUUUAGAAGAGCUGGAUUACCUCGCUGCGCUGGAUGAUGACGGGAAUCUGUCGGAGAUUGGAAUUAUCAUGUCAGAAUUUCCCCUGGAGCCCCAGAUGGCCAAGACUUUGCUUGCUUCUUGCGAGUUUGAUUGUGUGAGUGAGGUGUUAAUCAUCGCUGCCAUGUUAACAGCGCCAAGCUGCUUUCUGACUCCACCUGUGGCUUUAGCCCAUGAAGCUCUGCAGUGUCACAGACAGUUCCAGCACGUGGACGGAGACCAUUUCACUCUCAUCAACAUCUAUAAUGCAUUCAAACAUGCAAAACAAUAUCUAUGCUGCAGUUUAGAGCAGUGGUGUGAAGAACGUUUUCUGAGUCUGCCUGCCCUGCAGACCGCCGAUGCUGUCCUCUCUGAGCUCACAGACACACUGAAACGCAUCGAACUGCCCAUCAGCCCCCCAGCCUUCGGCUCCAAAACCAACACAGCCAACAUCAAACGGGCACUGCUCGCCGGUUUCUUCAUGCAGGUGGCCAGAGAUGUGGAUGGGUCAGGUAAUUACUUUAUCCUGACACACAAACAUGUGGCCCAGAUUCACCCUCUGUCAGUAUAUGGUACAGAGGCACCAAAACAGAGCCUGCCUGAGUGGGUUAUAUACCACAAACACACACUGUCUGAGAACAACUGCGUCCGAAUUGUCUCCGAGAUCUCACCCUAUGAGUUCAUUCAAAUGGCCCCUCAGUAUUUCUUCUCCAAUCUGCCCCCUAGUGAGAGUAAGGGCAUAUUACAGCAAAUUAUAGAUCAUGGGUCAGCAGCACCCUGCAAAGGCAAAAAGAAACCACAGACGAUGGACAGCACUGCUACCGAGGAACCUUCAUACGAACGUUGUGUCAUACAGUAA